UUGUAGGGUGAAUAUAAUACUCACACACUCUUAUCUUUCCAGCAUCUCGUUUAUAAAAACCCAAACUGAUGCGAACUGGGAUACUACUGACGGCUUCCGACACGCACUGUCUCCGUUAACACUCAUCCUACCUCUAUCACCGAGACUGACUGACUUCACUCUCGGACGAAGCACCGUUACGAAGUUUGUCACCCAUUAAGGAAUGAUGAGGCACCGUGAGAUAUCCCCAUGCCUCUUGCUGUGCUUUCAGUGUCUAGUCGUCUUGGUGAUACUGCUCUGCAGUGUCCACCAUGUGACAGCAGAACAUGCACAAGACCACAGCCUGGAUCAUAGUUCUCCUGCCAACAAAUCUCUGACCUGUGGUGUUGAUGGACCCGUAUGUGCCCCAGGAGUCAUCCUCCCAGUGUGGAAACCCCAAAACCCUUCCUUUGGGGACAAGGUGGCUCGGGCCACAGUUUACUUUGUGGCACUAGCAUACAUGUUUCUUGGCGUGUCAAUUAUUGCUGACCGCUUCAUGGCAUCCAUCGAGGUCAUCACCUCUCAGGAGAAGGAGAUCACCAUUAAGAAACAAAAUGGUGAAACGACCACCACAACUGUACGCAUCUGGAACGAAACCGUGUCCAACCUCACCCUUAUGGCUCUGGGGUCGUCUGCUCCUGAAAUUCUACUCUCAGUCAUUGAGGUGUGUGGCCAUAACUUUGAAGCCGGUGACCUUGGACCCGCUACCAUCGUUGGAAGUGCAGCUUUUAACAUGUUUGUCAUUAUCGGAAUCUGCGUCUACGUGGUACCCGAUGGAGAACAUCGCAAAGUAAAGCACCUACGUGUUUUCUUUGUCACCGCCACUUGGAGCAUCUUUGCCUACCUGUGGCUAUACCUGAUCUUGGCUGUUAUCUCACCGGGCGUUGUCCAAGUGUGGGAGGGUCUUCUCACUCUUUUCUUCUUUCCCAUUUGUGUGCUCUUUGCUUGGGUCGCUGACCGCCGCCUCCUAUUUUAUAAGUAUGUUUACAAGCGCUACCGAGCUGGCAAACACCGUGGCAUGAUCAUUGAGACAGAAGGUGACCGUCCUUUGCCAUCCAAGGUGGAUAUUGAGAUGGAUGGGAAGAUGUUGAACUCUCAUGCAGUGGAAUUCUUGGAUGGAACUCUGGCUUUGGACCUGGAGGAUAAGGAUUUGGAUGAGGAGGAAGUCAGACGUGAAAUGGCGAAGAUCCUUAAAGAACUGAAGCAGAAACAUCCAGAUAAAGAGGUGGAGCAGCUGAUCGAACUUGCUAAUUACCAGGUGCUCAGCCAACAGCAGAAGAGCCGUGCAUUCUAUCGAUGCCAAGCAACCCGUUUAAUGACUGGCGCAGGUAACAUUCUGAAGAAACACGCAGCAGAUCAGGCUCGUAAAGCAGUAAGCAUGCACGAAGUACGCAGCGACACUGGAGAGAACGAUCCCAUUUCUAAGAUCUUUUUUGACCCUGGCUCCUACCAGUGCUUGGAAAACUGUGGAACUGUGGCAGUGAAUGUGGUUAGACGUGGAGGCGAUCUCAACCAGACUGUGUCAGUGGAAUUCCGCACAGAAGAUGGAACUGCAAACGCAGGCUCAGACUACGAAUUCACUGAAGGCAUCAUUGUUUUCAAGCCAGGCGAGACUCUGAAGGAGAUCAGAGUUGGAGUUAUUGACGAUGACAUCUUUGAGGAGGAUGAGAACUUCCUUGUCCACCUCAACAAUGUUCGAGUGCUUCAUGAGGAUGCUGAGCCUGAAAACCCUGAAGCUAAUCAUGUUGAGACCAUCGCAACACUUGGUGUGCCCUCCACAGCUACAGUCACCAUCUUUGACGAUGACCAUGCCGGAAUCUUCACAUUCGAAGAGCCGGUGACCCACAUUAGUGAGAGUGUGGGUGUAAUGGAAGUGAAGGUCUUGCGUACAUCUGGCGCCCGUGGGGUGGUGUCAGUGCCAUAUAAAACCCUUGAGGGAACUGCGCAUGGAGGAGGAGAGGACUUUGAAGAUACCCAUGGUCUUCUGGAGUUCCAAAAUGAUGAAAUCUUGAAGACGAUAACAAUAAGGGUUCUCGAUCGAGAGGAAUACAAUAAGCAAUGCAGCUUUUACUUAGAGCUACAGACGCCAUUAUGGAGGAGGAGAGGAUGGACAGUAUACAGAGAGGAGGAGAAAGAGGCGGGGCAGGAAGAGCAGGAACCUCUGACAGGUGAAGAGGAAGAGGAACGUCGCAUCGCUGAUAUGGGGAAGCCAAUGCUUGGAGAUCACCCCAAACUGGAGAUCAUCAUUGAGGAAUCCUAUGAAUUCAAGAACACUGUUGAUAAGCUGAUUAAAAAGACAAACUUGGCUCUUCUGGUUGGCACCAACAGCUGGAGGGACCAGUUCAUUGAGGCGAUCACAGUCAGUGCUGGUGAGGAUGAUGAUGAUGAAGAAUGUGGAGAGGAAAAGCUCCCAUCCUGUUUCGAUUAUGUCAUGCAUUUCCUUACCGUCUUCUGGAAAGUUAUUUUCGCCUUCGUCCCGCCCACCGAUUACUGGAACGGAUGGGCAUGCUUUGUGGUGUCAAUCCUCAUGAUUGGCCUUCUGACAGCAUUCAUCGGAGACCUGGCAUCCCACUUCGGCUGCACUGUCGGACUCAAAGACUCGGUCACUGCAGUGGUGUUUGUGGCUCUAGGCACUUCAGUUCCAGAUACCUUUGCCAGCAAAGUGGCCGCGAUACAGGACCAGUACGCUGACGCGUCCAUUGGAAACGUGACGGGGAGCAACGCCGUAAACGUCUUCUUGGGCAUUGGAGUGGCCUGGUCCAUCGCCGCCAUCUAUCACAACUCCAAGGGCCACGAGUUUAGGGUGGAGCCGGGUAACUUGGCCUUCUCUGUCACCCUCUUUACCAUUUUCGCCUUCAUCUGCGUGGCGGUGCUAAUGUACCGCCGCCGGCCCGACAUCGGUGGCGAGCUUGGGGGUCCACGGACUGCUAAAGUGCUGACCACCAUGCUUUUUGUCAGCCUCUGGCUCCUCUACAUCCUGUUCUCCUCUCUGGAGGCUUAUUGCCACAUCAAGGGCUUCUAAACACACAUACACACUCACACAUAAACAUACACUCAGAACUACACACCUCCACACAGUGACAUACAUGUUCAUGCAUUCUGGGGAAAAUACAUGAAGACCACAGAGCAGGUAAAGACUAAUGACUGCAGAGAAAGUUAAACACGGCAGACUCUGUUUCAGGUUUAUGUGGAUAAUCAUUUCCGCAAACCAUCUGUCAGUUCUUCUGUUGUCUGCACACGCCACUCCUACAAUCAUCUUCCUCUGUUUAUUGUGUGUGCUGAAUGAUUGCAUCUGACUGGACGAUCUUUUGCUUAUUUAAAGGGCCGUGACCACAGUGUUUAAACAUCAACAAAUAAGACUAAUGAAAGCUAAUAUUGCUACCUUUAACUACUGUAGUUGUGCAUUUUAAAUCUAAACUAGUGUAAAAGCCAAGUGGGGAAAAUAGCAGCCACUUGGCUGUGGGGAAACUGUGGAAUCUGUAAACUCCAUUCAUUGUUCCAUGGAACUCUGGGUUAUGUAAUUUAGUGUUAUAGGCUGUGUGUGUUAUAGGUUUGUUGCCUUUAUGGGAAUAUUGGUUUAGUUGUUUUUCCUGGGUGACAGAGAUGCAUACUGCCCUACAAACCAAAACACAGUAACUACACCAACACUGAAACUGAGAAAAAUUACUUUAAAAGUUUUUGGAUCGUAAAGCCAAAUAUGUAUUAUGAAAGUCUUGCUCUGUUUUCUGAAUAGCUGAGCCAAACCUAUCUGAGAAGGUCAUAGUGUAAGAGCCCACAUUUCAGUCAUAACUACAUUUUGACUAAAUUUGUAGUUAUUGCAUUUUGGUUUCGCAAAGGAUAAUGCUCCUAGAAAUUUUAAACAGACAAAAUUUCAUACCUUUUUGGGGUUUACAGAUUAUGAUCACAUUUGUAGUUGUUUGACCUGUAAUCAGAGUGGUCCUAACCAAAAGUGGUCAGCUGCUGCCUUGGAUAUCCUCCGAAACAGCUUAAUGAUGUUGUCAUGAGCAGCUCUAUGUACUGUAACUAGCUUUUGUGAAGGCCAGUUUUUUCAAGGUUCAAGUUCAUUUCCUACAUUUUCAACAAAAGUUAGUUCAGAAAGGAAUCAGUUAUACAAUAAGGAGUGUGUAGUGUAGACAGCUAUAUUCUCCUCCAGCUUUAGAGUCCAGUGGUGCACUAGUGCAAGACUUUGAUUGAAGAGCUUUGAUUUUACAUUCUUAAAGAUCGUAAAGUGCUAUUGAAAGAGCUCAGCACUAAGGGACCCCUGCUGAAAAGACAAGCUUUGACCAACAUAAAUUUCAAUGUUGGUCAAAGCUAGUUAAUGCUGCUUAGUGCUGGUCAACCAGGCUGGUAGUUGGUUCGUUUUGGACAACCAUGCUGGUUUAUGCUGGUUAUUAUUGCAGGGAAUGGUUAGUGUUGGUCAACUAGUCUGGUUAAUGUUUAAUGCUGGACAAACAUGCUGGUUAUUCCUGAUUAGUGCUGGUCAACCAGUCUGAAUAAUGGUUAAUGCUGAUCAGCCAGACUGGUUUAUCCUGGUUAGUGCUGGUCAACCAGGCUGCUUAAUUGUUAGUGCUGGACAGACCUAAUAUAGGAAGGUUCUGUAGUAUGGUCCCAGCAUCCUAAACACAACAUAUACUGGGGACCAGCAAUGUUGGUCUUUUCAGGAGGAACAUCCUUGAUUUUUAAAUAAUUCAAACAAUUUAAUGACAUACUGCAGUUUGUUAUAGAUUAGAUUAUUAAUUUAUUUAAUCAAUUUUCAGAUGGAACGUGUAAAUUCAAUUAAGUGAAAUUUGUCAGUGACAUGCUUUUGCCAACAUCACAUCAAGAGUUUACUAUUAUGACUGUUACUUUCCGUCCAAACAAACACACAUUCAUGAACACACACUGCAACCACAUAAACUGAACAGCAAAAACAAUGUCCAUACUAGACAUACUUACAUUCUUACACAUGCAAGCAUUAGAAAUUGAUGGAAACAUACACACUCACUCAUCUAUGUGGAGUUUACGAGGGCACAAUCUCCCUCCAACCCUGCUGAGAUUGCUUCUUUGUACUUUGUAGAUUUGCUGCAUACAGAGCUGUAAGGUAAAUAUCGUACAGUAGCCAUGGAUUUAGGAACAGCCAUUUUAGACAUAGGCCAGUUUUAAAAUCAGAAAUUCUAGAACCGAUCUAAAUUUGUCUCUAAACAUCUUUAGAAUAGCAUGGUUUAAGCAUUUAAACAAAAAAAAUUAUAAGCUCAAAGUUUUCAGGGAAGCUUGGUUUGAAUUUUUGAAACCACAAAUUUUCACUCUCCUGUCCAAAUUUAGAUUUUAGCCAUUCAGACCGAAUGUGUUCUAGCACUAAAAAAAGCUACAUGCAGUGUAAUGAAAGUGCCGUAUAUGGACGCAAAAACAUGUUUGGUGUGAAUGGCCCCUUUGUCAGUGAGUAAAAACGUAAUAAACUGAGCACAGUAGAUCUGACAGAAAUAUUUUGGAUUCCAUCUAUUGUGUAGUUUGCUCCAAAUUUGCCAAAGGGGAAAUCUUUCCAAUUUUCUUAUGGAGAACUGCAGUGCCACAUAGCCCCUGAAGUGGGUUUUGUAUUUCAAAUCUUAAAUUUUUUUUACCCACACCAAAAAUAUUCUUGCAAGGAAAAAAGAGGCCUUGGUGACAUUUCUUAUGGGUGUUUGUACCUUUUUCGAGAGGUCCAGCCUACACCUCUUUUACUGCGCUUGAGCACCAACUAUCCUUGUUAUGAAGGAAGUGUCUUAAGAGUUUUUAAAAGGAAUUUUGGGAAUUGAAAUGCGUAGGGGUUUGUAGUUUCUGUUGCUUAAUUUUGAAAGAGAAGGAAAAAAUGUACUAGAAUGGCUGGUUAUUCUUUUUUGUUUUAUGUUUUUAAUUAAAUGAAAAAUAUGGUACCAGCUCCAGAGUACUUUGAAAUGAAAAUGAUGACCGUCACAAAGAUGGCCCACAGUUUCUUGCUAAUUCCAAGCUCCACCAGAGGGACACUACCAACAAUAAAUAAAAAAACAAUCAAUACGAUAUGACACACAGACUUUUUCUCUAGAAGCCUAAUUUAACCAGUAAACAAAAGAGAUGUAGUUGGAAGGAACUGAGGUUUGGUGAAACCAUGUGAAAUACAGCCAUACUCUGUUCUGCCAAUAAGACUUUCAUGGACUCUCGCCAAGCCAGAGGUGUGUCUACACUCAUGGGCGUGUCUGCCGUAUGAGGCGUUCAAACUGUACAUUGUCUCUAUGGUUUAUACUCUAUGUGUAUUUGCUUUGGCAGAGCAGGCGUCAAUAAAUUUGUGUAUGUAUGUCUGCGCUCUACAGUCACCACUUGAGGGUAUGCCUGAAAAACUGGGCGAGACUGCAUUGGACCCGCCUUCUGUGAAACCUAACCCCCUCCCAUGCCCCACCCCAAUGUUUUGCCAUGUCCAUUUUUGGAAUGUUAAUGUGCUUCGUGUUGACAAUGCAUGGAUGCUAACCUGUCUGUAUAUAGUAUGCAGAAUUCCCUUCAUUAAUGUAGUUGACUGACAUUUGAAAGCUGUAUAAAUAAUCAGAAUAUAAUUUGUUUGUUUGCUUGAUUAUUUCGGUUUUCUUGUAAGUUUCAUUUUGUGUUUUUCUUUUUUUAACUUGCACAUGUAUAUUAAAAAGGCAGUAUCUGUCGUUUGGUAUAGGAGCACAUGUACAAACUAAGGAAGCAAUAUAUCAAAGUCCUUUGCUUGGUUGUUGCUGUGGUUGUAUUAUUUAACAGUAAAAAAUAUUUUGUCACUAAACAGUUCAGAUAUGUUUGUAUAUACUGUACAGUAGAAUGAAGACAGAGUCGCUGCUCUGGCAUUAUCACAGAGAGAAUACAAUGUAUUUAUUUGAGACCUUUAUGAUCUUAAUGACAAAUAUUGCCUUUUGGAUUGAUUGUUGCAUAUCGCUUGUUUUGUUCUAGUUUUUUGCUGAGCAGUGUGUGCGAAUGUGUAUGUGUUUGCCUGGUCUGGAGCAGUAUCUGAUAUUGGUAAGAAUUAAAGGAAUUGUUCACCCAAAAAAAGAAAAUUAUGUAAUUAUUUACUCAGUCCUACGUUGUUCCAAACCUAUAAACAUUAGACAUUUCUUGCGUUGAAUUCAAAAGGUGCAUUUUUGGUGUCCUGUGGUUGACAAUCUCUAAAAUAACCCCCCUAAAAGUCAUAUGAUGUCUUUUUGUGAGGAACAGGUUGUAAUUUAGGUCCAUACAAAGCUUGGAAUAUACAGUGAUGGGAAAAAGUAUUUGCCCCUUUACUGAUUUCUUCUAUUUUUGUGUAUUUUUCUGAAUCAAACGAGAUAUAUCAUAAAACUAAGGCAACCUGAGUAAACACAAAAUGCUGUUUUUUUUAUUGAAGCAAAAAAGUUAUCCAACACCUAUAUCAGCCAUGUUAAAAACGAACUGUCCCCUUAAACUUAAUAGCUGGUUGUGCCACCUUUAGCAGCAACAUGUGCAGCCAAACACUUCCGCCAACUGGAUAUCAGUCUUUCACAACACUGUGGUGGAAUUCUGGCCCACUCUUCUUUGCAGAACUGCUUUAGUUCAGCCACAUUGUAGGAUUAUAGAGCAUGAACUGCCCCUUCAAGGUCCCGCCACAGCAUCUCAAUCGGGUUCAAAUCAGGACUUUGACUAGUUCACUCCAAAACUUUAAUUUGGCAUCUUUUGAGCCAUUCAGAGGUGGACUUACUCCUAUGCUUUGGAUCAUUGUCUUGCUGCAUAAUCCAGUUGCAUAUGAGCUUCAACUCACAGAUUGAUGACCGGACGUUCUCCUUUAGGAUUUUCAGGUAGAGAGAAGAUUUCAUGUUUCCCUCAGUUAUUGCAUAUUAUGGCCCUUUUUCUAGACUUCUGUAUUUAAUUUAUGCCAGAUGUAAUGGGACCCCUGUCUUCCAAACAGUUCCACUUUUGACUCCUCAGUUCACAGAACAUUCUCCCAAAAUGUUUGAGGAUCAUCAAGGAGUGUUUUGGCAAAAAUCAGACGAGCCUUAAUGUUCUUCUGGGUUAGCGGUGGUUUUCGCCUCACCACACUCCCAUGGAUGGCAUUUUGUCUUUCAGAUAGUGGAGUCAUGAACCUUUAUUGAUGCAAGAGAGGCCUGCUGUUCCUUGGAUGUUGUCCUUGGCUUUGUUAUUUCCUGGAUCAGUCGUCGCUGUGCUCUUAGAGGAAUUUUGGAAGGUCGGCCACUGCUGGGAAUGUUCACAACUUUCCAUUUGGAGAUGAUGGCACUCGCUGUGGUUAUUUGGAGUCCCAGAGCCUUUGAAAAAGCUUUGUAACCCUUCCUAGACUGAUGUAUAUUAAUCACCUUUUUCCUCAUCAUUUCUGGAAUUUCUUUAGACCUUGGCAUAGUGUGCUACUGGGUGAGACCUUUUAGCCAACUUCAUGCUGCUUAAAAAGUUCUAUUUAGGUGUUGAUUUGAGUAAACAGGGCUGGCAUUAAUCAGGUCUGGGUGUGUCUAGUCCAGCUGAACCCCUUUAUGAAAGCAGUUUCAGAGAUUUGGGGAUUUAGUAACUAAGAGGGUAAAACAUUUUUCACAAAGGCCUAGUUGGUAUUGGAUACAUUUUUUGCUUCAAUAAAUACCAUUAUCAUUUAAAAUCUGUAUUUUGUGUUUACUCAGAUUGUAUUUGAAUUUUUGAAACAAUUUAAUAUGAGAUAUCAUACCCAAAAACAGAAGGAAUCAGGAUGGGGGCAAACACUUUUUCACAGCACUGUAAGACACAAGUCUCAUAAACUAAUUUUAAAAUACUUUUAAGGUGUUUUUGGAGCUUAAAGUCCUCAGUACCCAUUUACUUUCAUUAUACACCAAUCAGCCACAACAUUAAAACCACCUGCCUAAUAUUGUGUAUAUCCCCCUUGUGCUGCCAAAACAGCGCCAACGCGCAUCUCAGAAAUUACAUUCUGAGAUGCUAUUCUUCUCACCACAUUUGUAUAGAUUGGUUAUUUGAGUUACCGUAGACUUUGUCAGUUCGAACCAGUCUGGCCAGUCUGGUGCCAGAUGGCUGGGUUGAGUAUUUCUGUAACUGCUGAUCUCCUGGGAUUUUCACACACAACAGUCUCUAGAGUUUACUCAGAAUGGUGCCAAAAAUAAAAAAAACAUCCAGUGAGCAGCAGUUCUGUGGACGGAAAUGCUUUGUUGAUGAGAGAGGUCAACAGAGAAUGGCCAGACUCUGUACAAUUGUGGUGAGAAGAAUUUAAUCUCAGAAUGCUAUCCUGAGAUGUGGGUUGGCACUGUUGGACCUACACAAUAUUAGGCAGGUGGUUUUAAUGUCAGUGGCUGAUCAGUGUAUGGACAAGAGCAUCUAGGCUCUUCAAAAAUUUAAAGUCAUACCGGUUGGAAUAUCAUGAGAUUAAGUAAAUAACAGCAGAAUUAUAAUUUUUGGGUGAACUAAUCUUUUAAAGCAGUGGUUCCCAAACUUUUUACAGUGGCAUAUGGGCUGAUGAAAAAAGAUAAUUCUGUGACGCACAACGCAUGAGUAAAGGCAUUUUUGUAACCGCAAAAGAUAGGGAUAUUUUGCAUAUUUAUUUGACCUUUAUGUCACAACCAUUUUGGUGUUUCUACACUAGGGGGCACACAAUAUUUUUUUGCCAGUGAUAAAUGCAUGAACUGGGUUUGAAUGUUAUUUUAGAUUGUGAUGAAUUUGAAAGAACGGUAAAUCUCAGAAUCGUAUUUACUUACCCCCAUUGUCACCUCACGUACCCCAGUUUGGGAAACACUGCUUUAAAGGAACAAAUUAUCCGUUAUGUAUCUGCUCCGUGUCUGUAAACCAUCUUGCAAAGCUCUGUGAACCAUCUGGAAAAUGUCUGUAAAACAUUAGGAGAAUGUGUAUGAAACACCAGGGUAAUGUUUGCCUUGUAUGUGUCUUACAUUCCUCUACCCCCACUCUCUUCCUCAAUGCUCAGAUGGACUGUAACUUUUCAGAGGUUUAAUACUGAUCUUUGAUAAUAUUAUUUCCUCCUCCCCUCUCUUUCUUUCUCUCUCUCCCCUAUCUCUCCAAUCCACAGCCUCACUAACAUGUUGCAUUAAUGUGUCCAGUACUGAAAUUGCGUGGGCUGUGUUUUGAAAACAAAUGCAGCAGUGUAUGUGUAAAGACAUUCCUGAAAUUCCUGAAAAGUGCAUAUAUGUUUGUAUAUGACUACAUUGUACUUAUUUACAAUGUGUAAAUUUAUAACAUUUAUAAAGGUUUGCAAAACCAUUUGAACAACAUGGCAAAUAUCUCAUGCCAAUGCAGGACUGAAUGUAUUGUGUGUUAACGUAGCUGGUCUAAAUGAAGGAGGUUUUAUUAUCUUAUCGGUCUUGUCCAGAUCGAGGGGCUGAAAUCAUGGUGUGUGUACAAUCACUGUAAGCUAACGCUGAGAGUCAUGUUAAUGCAAAGUGUGUGUGUGGCUUUGUGGCAUAGUGUGUCUUACACUGUCUUCUGUCAUAUAGGCUUAUUAAAGGUGUACCUUUUUACCUCCUAACUCUCUCUCUCUCUCUCUCUCUCUCUCUCUCUCUCUCGCUCUCUGUCUCUCCCUCCUACCUAUCGCUCUUGCACUUUUUGCUUUGUUUCACACUUUGUUUUGUUUUGAUCGUUAGGUUGUUAGCUUGUUUUAAUUUAAAAAAUCUGAAUAAUUGAAUAUGAUAAUUUUUUUUGUUCUGAUUUUGUGUGUGUGUGUGUGUGUUGCACUCAAUCUAAUAAGAUGAACGUCCACUAACUGUGAUUGCUCCCUUAGUACACCUCUAAACAGAAAAUAAAGUUUGGGAUAUCCUGUUUAGAGCCAAAAGGCUGUGGUGUGUCCCUUUUUUAUUACAUUUCUCAAGCACACACAUUCACCUUGCUGAUAACCAGUAUAACAUCGGUGUCACCAGUAAGAUUAUACAGAACCACUGAAGUUAUACAGUGUACAUCACACAGAGACCACAUGAAAUGAAAGUUAGUUUUGUGGCUUUUUAUUCAUGUCUGUUAGCUUUGAUGUUGUAUAGUGUUGGGUAGAUUACUUCUGAAAUGUAUUCUAGUACUGAUUCACAAUGAAAACAAAUCAAAAUCGUGAUAAUUUACAUUACACUUCUUUGAAAUGUAUUGAUUAU